ACAAAGGCGGCUGCUCAGUUCUAUUUGCGAUAGCCCAAAACAAAGGAUUUCAAUUCAGGCAUUACCUACCAUCUGUAUAAAUCGCGAAUCGCGCAUCGUGAAUCGUGAGUCCCUGAGAGUCGUGUGUAUCCCAAAUGCUGGCCUGGAUUUGUUCCCGCGGCGCCGACGCUGCGUGUCAUCAGCGUCGCCCGCAGUGAGCCCUUCAAUACGAAUAUACCCGUGAAUUUUUUCUGUGAAAUCAACUUCAUUCCGCUAAAAUACGUUCCGCAUGUCGCAUUCGUGAACUUGGUGCAAUCAACUGAAUAUGUACGACCACAUAUACUCGUAUAAAACAUACGCAAAUUAAUUCCCAAAUAUGAUAAAAGGAAUUGGAAUCUAACAUAUAUCUAGUACUUCACACAAAAGUGCGCACACAUGCCGUUGUCUCAAAGCCAAACAUUCGAAACAGCCAACACAAUUAGUAUUAUUCUUAUACAUACUACUACUAUAUCGCGAGAUUAAACGUAAUACGCAUAUAUCUGGACCAAAUCAAUCGAACCGAGCGCGAAUAUCCACAAAGUAGAACACAAAUCUAACCUAACCGAACCGAACCGAACUGUACGAGCAAUACAUAUCUGCAUCUGCACUCAAUUUAUAAGUACAUCAUACUAUGUUUACUCUACAACCGACUCCGUCGAGCAUUGGCGCAGUUGUGCCCCCCUGGUCUGCGGGAACACUCAUUGAUCGACUGCCAACCUUAGAUGAUAUGACCCACAAGGACAAUGUCAUUGCCAUGAGAAAUCUGCCCUGUUUGGGUGUUGCUAGUGGUAGCGGACUAAGCAGUAUUGGCGGAAAGGCGGCUGUUGCCGGUGCUGCUAAUGCGAUGGAAGCCGCGGAUGCAACCACAGCUCCACAGCCACAUUCAACAUCAUCGUAUUUCACCACUACUUACUACCACUUAACUGAUGAUGAAUGUCACAGUGGGGUUAAUCAGUUGGGCGGCGUUUUUGUCGGAGGAAGACCGCUUCCAGACUCCACUCGUCAAAAAAUUGUUGAGCUUGCUCACUCCGGAGCUCGGCCAUGUGAUAUUUCCCGGAUUCUUCAAGUCUCAAAUGGAUGUGUUAGCAAAAUUUUAGGCAGAUAUUAUGAAACUGGAAGUAUUCGACCGCGUGCCAUUGGAGGUUCGAAGCCGCGAGUUGCGACCGCCGAAGUCGUUAGCAAAAUUUCGCAAUAUAAACGGGAAUGUCCCAGCAUUUUCGCCUGGGAAAUACGUGAUAGACUGUUGCAGGAGAAUGUGUGCACCAAUGACAACAUUCCGAGUGUUUCCUCCAUUAAUCGAGUUUUACGAAACUUGGCCGCACAAAAGGAGCAGCAACAGCAAAGUUCGAACAGCGCCGGACCGAGUGGUAGCUCCAAUAAUACGACCAGUGCAAAUAGCAUAAGUUCAGCCACACCGAACUCAACGGGCCCUGCAGGUGCAGGGGGCUCGAGUCUAACUAGCGAUCUAAUCCAGACCUCAACACCGCUGAACUCGUCCGAUAGUGGCGGUGCGAGCAACUCGGGAGAGGGCAGCGAACAGGAGUCCGUGUAUGAGAAACUACGGCUGCUGAACACGCAACACGCCACUCUAGACACUGCAAUACCCACAUCAGCACCCCCAUCCAGCCAUGCGCAUCACAUUACAACGGUCCCACAUCACUUCAGUCCACACUCGAGUCACUCACAUCACAAUCAUCACCAGCAACACCAACAGAGUUGGCCUUCGCGGCAUUAUUCGUCCAGCACUUGGUAUGCGGCCCCUUUGGGCGGAAGUGAGAUUCCGCCAGUUCCUGCUGUCAUUUCGGUGGCCUAUGGAAGCGGCGAUGGAGCCGCCUCCCAGUCGUUAAGUCCACCGAGCGAUCUUACCAACAUAGGCGGUGGAGCAGGCAGCGGCACCAGCGCUCAUUUGAAUAAUUGUCCGAUGAGUAGCGAUGACAUUAUGCUAAAGAAAGAACUUGAUGGCCAUCAGUCGGACGAAACGGGUUCUGGCGAAGGAGACAACUCGAACGGCGGCGUCUCUAAUAUAGGGGCAAGCGAAGACGAUCAAGCGCGUCUCAUACUAAAAAGAAAGUUGCAACGCAACCGAACAUCCUUCACAAACGACCAGAUUGAUAGUCUUGAGAAAGAAUUUGAGCGCACCCACUAUCCUGAUGUGUUUGCCCGCGAACGCCUGGCGGGUAAGAUUGGUUUGCCGGAAGCGAGAAUACAGGUUUGGUUCUCGAAUCGACGUGCCAAAUGGCGUCGGGAGGAAAAAUUGCGGAACCAGCGACGAACACCAAAUUCCACGGGGCCAACAUCGUCCUCGACAUCGGGUGCAACCUCCUUGACGGACAGCCCCAAUAGCCUGAGUGGUUGCUCCUCGCUCUUGGUCAGCUCCACAGGCAAUUCGCUCACAGGCAUGGCUUCGCCGAAUCCAAUGCCAAGCAGUGCACAGGCACAAGCGGCAGCAGCGGCGGCGGCUGCGGCAGCGGCAGGCGCUGGUCUGGAGCCCCUCGAUGUGCACCACACAUCGACGGCGGGCACACAUAUACGCUCAGGACCUAGUAGCAAUGGGGGCAGCCGAAACAAUGAAGAUGUGAACAAUGCAUGCUCCCCCGGGCUGGGGAUUAGCGGCCAGCAUCAUCAGCAUGUUAGUCAUGCGCUUAGUGGUUCCAUCGUUCCUCCGAUUUCGCCUCGUCUCAACUUUAAUAACGGCUUCAGCAGCUCGAUGAGCGCGAUGUACUCGAACAUGCAUCAUCCGAGCAUGUCGAUGGGCGACAGCUAUGGGUCGGUCACAUCAAUACCAACGUUCUCGCAUCCAACGGUGGGCGCAUUGGCACCACCCUCGCCAAUAUCACAGCAGCGAGAUCUGACGCCACCUUCGUCACUCUAUCCUUGCCACAUGUCACUGCGUGCACCACCAAUCGCACCACAUCACAUAGUGGGCGUUGGUGGGGUUUCCAACGAGAGUCCCGGUGGCUCGGUUAACAUCAGCAACUCGCAUACUUCAAAUAUAGGCAGCAAUAAUGGAACCGGAUAUGAUGUGCUAUCAGCGUACGGUUUGCCACCCCCACCGCCGCCACCAUCGGCGAAUCCCUCCUCCCAUCACGUCAUGGAGCCUCGUCAGUCGUCCUGCAGCCCCAAUCAGGCUGGUCCGGUGCAUGGAGUGACCAGCGGCUUCGGAUCCGAGAGCAUUUCACCCGCUUCCGUUCCAUCAUACGCACACAUGAGCUACAACUAUGCGGCAGCCAACAAUGUGGCUCCAUCUGGUAGUAACACCAUGCCUGGUAUUAGUUCGCACGGUGCUUCGGGCAAACAACAGUUUUUUGCAUCUUGCUUCUACUCGCCCUGGGUUUAA